AUGUACCUAUGCUACCAUUUGCCCUCCAAGUUCGGCUACGAAGACAUAUCCGAGUUCACCCGUCAAACUCUUGAUCAACCAUGGAUUCGGAAUUUGGGAAUCGAUGUCGAUCAUCACCUGCCGAAAGAAGGCGAAGAAAGCGAACCUCCCAAGUUCAUGCAAGUGCUAAUGAAAUACUCGCCAGUCAAAAUUCCCGAUCAAUAUUUGACAAAGAAGUUUCUGAUCGACUUAGCAGCAACAUGGGUGAUCUACGAAUUUAUUAUCGCUCCCGUUAAAUGGCCCUACUAUUUCAUCGCAACCAACUACGCGGUCAAGGGUCUACGGCGAGCCGGCCUGCUGAAACAGCUCAAGUAA